AUGUUGGCAGCCCCCAGUUGCAGCUCACCAAAGAUCAGAUCCGCAUUAUAGCUGAGCAAGCUGGCAGCGUGUGGAUGAAGUUGGGAGAGAGGCUGGGACUGCCUGCAGACCACCUGGCUUAUUUCAAGGAUUCCUCAGAUAAUGUCACGGAGGUGGCGACAAAUAUGUUGACAGUCUGGCAGGAAGAAGAACAAGAAAAAGAUUCUAUAUCAGCCAUUCGAGAUGCACUUACAGAUUUAGGACUGGACACGGUUCUAGCUUCACUCAACCUCUCAUGA